AUGGACGAUAUCGAGGAACGGCUGCGUAGUCAUGCGCAGGCAUUUGACGGCCUACUGUCCUUGAUCCCCGCCAAAUACUACUACGGCGAGGAAGAUACCAGUGAUCAAUGGCAACGCAAGAAGCAGACCAAAGAGCAAGCCCGUGAAGCAAAGCGUGCGAAGCUGGACCCCGAAGCCGCCAAGACUGCUAAGGACGUGAUGGACGAGAACGCUCGCAAGCGUAAGCGGGAGGAUGGGACCCUCGAGUCCGACGGGUCCGACGGAGAGCUGGGCACAGAGACCCCCAAGGAGGGAUUGAACCGCGGAACAGCCAACUCCAAGAAGCAGAAGCCCGUCGAAAAGUCUGACAAGGCAGACCCCGCCAAGGCAGCCGCCGCCGAAGAGCGCAAAAAGCAAAAGGAAGAGAAGAACCAACAAAAGAAGGCCGCCCAAAAGGAAAAGAAGAAGGCCAAGGAUGCUGCACGCAAGGAAAAGGCUCAGGAAAAGAAGCCAUCGACCACUUCCACCGAGGACUCGGAAAAAUCUGCAGCCAAGCCCAACGGCACUGCAGCGAAGAAGGAUGCAGAGUCUGCGGAUGAAGAUGACGACGAAGAGGAUGACGGUGUUGUUGAAGAAGGAUUCUCUAUCGAGUUCAACCCUGAGCAGGAAAACCCCUCCACUGCUACAUCCACAUCUGACUCCCCCGAUGCCUCAAAUCCCCAAUCCGGCAGCUCCUCUACCUCAUCUAUCGUUCCCCCCUCCGCCUCCACCGAAGCCAAAUCCCCAGAGCCCAAACCCCUCAAGCACACACCCGAAGAGCUGAAGCAGCGCCUACAAAAGCGUCUGGAUGAGCUCCGAGCCAAGCGUCACGCAGACGGACUUAACGGCAAGCCCGCCCGCAACCGCCAAGAGUUGAUCGAAGCCCGCCGCCAGAAGGCCGAGCAAAGAAAAACGCACAAGAAGGAGCUGCGCCAAAAAGCCAAAGAGGAGGAACAGCUGAAGACCGAUGAAGCCAUGGCCCGCCGUUUCUCCCCCGGUGGCUCUGGAUCCCUACUUGCUUCUCCCCGCUCCCCCGCCGAGUCUGUCGCAUCCAACGGCAACAACUUCGCCUUUGGACGUGUCAUGUUCACCGACGGCCAGCAGACCGAUGUCGCUGGCGAAGUCCGUGACAAGCACAAAUCCAGCGGUGCUCGCGACCCCGCUGCCCAGCUCAAGGCCGCCGAGGCCAAGAAGGCUCGACUCGCUGAGAUGGACCCCUCCAAGCGUGCCGAUAUCGAAGACAAGGACCUGUGGCUGAACGCCAAGAAGCGUGCCCACGGCGAGCGUGUUCGUGACGAUACCUCCCUUCUCAAGAAGGCUCUCAAGCGCAAGGAGACCGCGAAGAAGAAGUCCGAGCGCGAGUGGAAGGACCGCCUCGACACUGUCGUUCGCUCCAAGGAACAACGCCAGAGCAAGCGCGAAGAAAACCUCCGCAAGCGCAGAGACGAGAAGGGCAGCAAGGGUGGCAAGAAGAAGCCCUCCAGCGGUGGAAAGAAGAAGGCUCGUCCUGGAUUCGAGGGCAGCUUCAAGGGUGGCGGCAAGAAGAAAUAA